AUGACGUGUUCUUCCAUAAGUGGCAAGCAGGUGGAUGGAAGGCGAGACGCCGGGAAUGGGAACCAGGCCAUGACCAUAUCGACGGGGGGGCUUUGCAGCAAGAAACUCUCUCGACUUCUCCCCAGAUUCCGAAUGAAGGUCUCGGCCUUGCAGCGGAUGUAUCUCCUCGUCGGGAUCCUCUUCUUCACCGGCUUCCUCGCCUUCCUCAAUGCUCGAUCCCUCCAAGAUCCCUCCUUCACCGAUCAACACGUGCAACGAGAUUCCCUGAACGCAGACAUCCCGGACCUGAUGGAGGAGAUAGCACGAGGCUCCCGCGAGAGCGCCAACGCAUCGGGGAAGGUGACGAACAUCAUCCAGGCGCAGGAGGGCAGCGACGUCCUCUUGAGAUGCAACCUCGACCACGUCGCCUCCACGAAAGAGGACGAAGCCAUAGCGCAGCAGGUUUCCUGGAUGAAGCGAGGCAUCUUCGACCUCCUGACGGUCGGCUUGAACACCUACAGCUCCGACAAGCGGUUCGAGGCCGUCCACCCCAAGGACUCCCAGGAGUGGGGCCUGCAUAUCAGAGGGGCUAAAGAGGAGGACUCGGGGAUCUAUGAAUGUCAACUGCCAACUCAUCCACCCACUUCGCUCCUCUUCCAGCUCACUGUCAUCCGGGCGUUGGCGGAGAUCGAAGGCGGCGUGGAAGUGCACGUGAGAGUGGGAAGUGACUUGAGACUGGAGUGCGUGGUACGGAAAUCCACCGUACUGCCCCGGUACUUCAUCUGGUACCGGGAGUCCAAAGUGUUGAAUUACGAGCCCCGAGUGAAGAUCCAGGCGAAGGAGGAUCGCAUCCAGGAUGUUCCCAGGAGCUCCCUCUACAUCGCUGGGACCACCGUGGGAGACUCGGGGAAUUACACUUGUGAGCCCUUUAAUGCCAGGCCGGCCUCCAUCCUCGUCCACGUUCUCAACGGGGAGAUGCCGGCGGCGAUGCAGCAGGAAGGCGGGUCCAUCUCGCGGCGGGGGAACGCGGCGAUCGCGGGGAUCAUCUGGACCCUCUCGUUCCUCUUCGCGAGGUUCGUCGAGAGGUGAAUCCCUUCGAUCCGCACGGAGCGACUUUUCAUCGCAUAAAAGUGUCUGUGAUCCGCGGGUCCCCCCGG